CGGUUCUGCGUCAAGCGUAUUGAUACUCGAGGGUUUUUGCGUCGAACCUGAGGUUAAAUUACCAAAAUCCAAAAUAUCAGAACCAUCUGGAACAAGGAUAAGUGGUUGUCGAUGUAUUUCAAGCAGUAUAAUAGCCCAGGGAUGAAGAACCGUGGACAAACGAAACAGUUCGAUUGUCUCAAAUGCGUUCAUGAAUACGCGUACACGUGGAAGAUGUGACACAUCGCAGAGUAACAGCAAAACAUCCUCUGUCUCAGGGCGCGUAUUAUCAUAUCGCGAGUACGCGUUGCUGUAACGCCGGACGAGUUGGUUACGGUAUGAGCCAAGUUGAGUAGGAUAAUUAAUAACUAAUCAACGAUGAAGCUGACUAGUUUAUACGGUGCGUGGUUCUCAUUAGCUUUUGUAAAUCUGAUAAGUGCGUCGAGUUUGGUUACGCCGCCAAAGUCUGCGGUGGUUUUGGCUUUCGAAUACGAGCACGAAUUGUCCUUACUCGCAAACACUCUGUCCGACGAGAAUAUAAACACAGUGUUGAUAAUACCCUCGACCUCGCGGGAUCUGCUGUACGAUAAUUUGAUCGACGUCGAAGUUGUCGAGGUGAAAGUCGACGCGGCUUUGGCAAGUACGAAGGAAUCGCGGGCACUGAAAGCCUGCGAAAGUCUCCUGAGCGAUGAAACGAUUCAAAAUUUGAUUCAGGAAUUUUCACCGACUUACGUUAUUUCGCCUGGUUUGAGACACGACGCCUGCGUCCUACCGUGGGUAAGAAAAUUCGCUUCAAUUCCAGUGAUUUGGACCCAAGGCUCGGAGGCUGAAUCGUACGUGUUUCACCAGUCGGGAAUCGCCUUGCCGAUAUUAACCGGUGGAUUUUGGAACCGUUUAUCGUCUCUUCUGGGUAUCAGAUCGAUCGUGAAAAAUGCAAAUAGUAAUUACGUCACUCCCGCGUUGGAAUUGGUCGAAAAGUAUUUACCAGCCGAAACCGACACCAUAGAGAAUCUUUACCGCGAUGUCGAUCUAAUUUUUUGGGGCGCCGAUACGAUUCUCAGAUCCGACGUGUCUUUCGUUUCUCAGAUGCUGGUCGAGAUCGGGUGUCAUCAUUGUCGCGGAGCACAUCCGGUUCCACCGGAACUACAGAAAGAACUGAUAGAACGCCGGUCAGGAACGAUCGCGACGCUGCUGGACAAAGAUUACAAAAAUCUGAUAGAAGAAAUCGCCAGAGGUUUACCGCAGGGUCGUCAGGGACAAGCGGUAGUCUGGAAAAUUAAAGAUGUCGAUUAUUUGAAGGAAGAAAAGCCGGAUAAUUUGUUUGUGAAUAAAGAAGUUAUCCGUCAAGAUAUCAUUGGAUAUCCGCGCACCCGAGUCUUGCUGAGUCACUGCGAAGACACUGAGUUAUUGGAGGCUGGUUUCCACGGUACUCCGGUAAUAUGCCUGCCAAGAGACGCCGACGAGACGCGAAACGCCAGGAGAGCAAUAGAGCUCGGUUUUUCCAUUGAAACCGGCGGCGUUCACACCUCUUCGAACAUUUUAUCGCUGAUUAAAACCGUUCACGAGACAGCCGGUUUUAGGGAAAAUGCGAGAAAAGUAUCUGUGGCGAUAAGAGAACGGCCGAAUCCAGCGGUGGACAGAAUAACGUACUGGCUGGGAUACGUCGCGAGGAAUAAAGAAGAGAAGAAGCAUUUGUCCGUUCGCGAAAAUCGCGGCCUCAGCUACAAAAGCAUAUACAGCACCGACAUAUCGUUGGCCGUUGGCUUCAUCGUCGGUUUAAUAUCCGGUGCAGUUUUACCCGCCGCCUAUAUUUUGGCCGGUCGCAUUUUAGCCGCUGGUGGUCAUAGUUAUGGUAAACAGCCUACUAAGCCCAAGCGAAAAUAUAAAACGUAGAAACCGCGUCAACUUGCGUUGCUCUCAUUUUUCAUGCAUACCUGUAUCAUUUUCGACAUGGAUCUGUUUUCUUUCGACAUUUUUUACAGGUUUCCUCUUUUUUCUACCUACCAUCUAAAUUUCGUCGUACAUACGUUCAAUAUAUCAAUAUUAUAUUGUUUAUAAAUACACGUACCAUAUAGAAUACAAGGUCAUACAUAUACAUAUACAAAUAUGAAUAUAUAAUAAUAAUACAUUAUCAUAUAUUAUGUCUAUGUUCUAAAUACGAAUGAAAGAGAUUUUUUUUUAUACGAUUAAAAUUAAAUUAUACAACGUAACUUUAGAAAAUCGUGAAAAUAUAGCUGGUAUAACUAUUCCGAUAAUUAAUUAGGAUGAAAAUAAAUUACGUUUCGAUCAAUACUGCGUGUUGUUUUUUUUUUCUAUUUUUUUUUUUUACGUUUUCUACGUACUUUUUUCACUAUUAUAUAAUAUAAUACUAUAUAUGCCCUACAAUUUAUGGUGUAUACCUACAUAGUGCCUAUUCUCUUUAAUCGAAUUUAUAAACUCGUUAUAGCAUCAAUUGCCUGCAGCAACGUUUUUUAGUCACGGUAUGACUUAUGUGUGACAGUUGUUUAGUAAUUGAAAUAUGUAUUAUGUUUUUACAGAUUCCAAAUACCAUAAUGUACUCUCCCAUAGUAUUUCUUUAAAAGAAUGUUAACCGGAUUAGUUUUUUUUUUCUUCAUCAAAAUUCGAUAACCAACAAUAUGUAACUCAUUGUCGCCUGUGAAAAACGAGUUGACGAGCAUCGAACGUUACUAUAAACAAUAACGAGUUAAACACCGAGAUGUUAGCAUUUAAGCGAGCUUUAUAGAAGACUUCCAUUAUAUGGAUAGAGGUAACUAUUACGUUAAUUCGUAUAUUAUGUAUAGAACACUAAUACUCAUUCAUCGUUAAAAAGAAAUCUUACAAUUAACCGCUUAAAUGAAUUUCAUUGGAAAUGGUCUAUUGAAUAAUAAUAAUAAUAAUAAUAAUAAUAAUAAUAAUAAUAGCAAUAAUACGAAUACAAAGAAAACCGUAACUUGGAAGUUGUAUAUAUAUAUACAUAUUAGUACUACGUACAAUGAAUAAUCUACACAGCGAAGAGGAUAGCAAGUAAGUAGAUAUAAUAUAUUUACAUUCAUUGGCAAAAAUGAUCAACGUCGGAAUAAAACAGAGAGCUAACAAUUACUACACUGUUAUUACAUAGAAUAUGUGUUUGUGUUAUGUAUGCAAUUGGGAUAUAUACUUCUUAUCGAUGUGUAUGAACUAUUUAUUUAAACAUUAUACAGAAUGAAGUUAAGAAAAAAACUAAAAAUAAAAUUAAGUGAAAAUGUUCUCUCUCCAUUAAAUACGUAUCACAGAAAGGAUGUUAAGAAUAUUGUUAAAAUUACGUAUGUAUAUUAUAUGUAUAAUAUAUGCAUAUAUGUAUACUUUAAGAUGCUAAGCUAUUUGAACUUUUUUUUUUUUUUUUUACUUCAUUUAUCCGUCUGAUUUUUAAAUAAAUUAUCGUUACAAGAUUAUAAUAAGGGUAUUGUAAUUCUAUUAUGAUUAAUUUUAAUGUCAUUAAAUAAUUAAUCAAC